AUGGUGGAUGUUGUAAGUCGAAAAGUGUUGUUUGAAGGUCUUUCAGGGAAAAUUUUAUCACGCCGUUAUUGACGAUGUGAUAAAUGGCAUGCAAGAUGCCUUUAUUGAGGAUGGUCUUGACACGGAAAUUUUGCAGGAGUUGAAAAAGGUACUUUGAUUGCCUCUCAAGUUUACUCUGCAGUUGUGGUCUUCAAAACUCUCCGACACACAUGCUGUCGACCCAGAGCCAAUAGUACAGACAGCUGCACAAUAUGCUCAACGAUUUCAAGCUGGUACAGUGCAGGUAAGCUAUGUCAUUCUCACGUUCUUUGAUAUUAACGCACAAAAUCUCUGCACGAUUGUUGUCUGCUUUUUGAGUGUACCUACACACAGUGCAAGUGUCUGCUUAGAGAAAACUGUUUAUUCCCCCAUAAAGAAUUAUUUUCAACCAUUCAUUUGCUCUCGUUAUUUUACUUAUUGCAAUUAUUUGCUAGUUUCUAGUCCUAAAUGUUUGUCAAACGAUUUCCAUAUUUCUUUUAAAGUGCGGUUUGAAUUUUUAAGGUGAGCAGGCCUUGAGUUAAGUGCAUAGCACUAAAUCUCUGUCGUCGCAGUAAUUUUAUUUAGCAAAGGUGAUCAGUUUUAUUUCUUUGUACCUGGCGAGAUUUUCGUAAUGCCCAACGUUUUGACGAUCCUUAACAGAUCCAUUUGAACAUUCCUUCUCAAAGUCGAUAGAUUAAUCUCCCGCGUGCAACUUUCGUGCGAUCUGGGACUUCAUGUUAUUUCCCUUGGUUAAUUUACCCGGUUACUUCACCUGACUAAGUUCCGGUCUUCAAAACUCGGUAUUGCUGGCUUUGUAGGUCCUGUUGGUGUUUUAGCAGUCAUUUCGUCCAUCUAGACGUAUACGGUCAGUUUUUGCCAUGCGGCAGGCCUCGGGUGAAGAGCAGUUUGCCGAUUGGAAUUUGAGUGUUUUGCAAAUAAUUUUGACUAAGAACUGACUCUACCGCCCCUUACAACGCACCUUGGCUUAAACUGCGCGCCGUUAGUAUGCUUUUUUCGCGGGUAGGUUGGCGACAUAAUUGUCUUCUUUACGCUGCUGACGGCAUCUAUGACUUGACUGACGGAGGCGCAAAUCUUGCUUAAUUCGUCGCUGAAAACGUCGUGCCAUUCCCGAAACUGUGCUCGUUUGCCCACUGAGUAGGCAAAUUUGCCACUGGUCGUGACACUGUCCUCAUGCUAACUGUCUGUCAGCGAUCAAUUGAAUCUGUUACCUCCUUCAUGAACUGCGCGGUUUCCCCAUUAUCUGCCCUAAAUUCUUAAAUUUUUAUCGCUAUUACGACACUGAUCCCUUUUUUCUUUGACUAGGCCCAGUCCUCCACCCUCGGACGAUUGCCCAUUCCACAGAAUCACACCAUCUUAACCAAUGCUCAGCGUGGUUACGCUCCCAUUAUCCGCUCAAACCCACCCCUUAAUGCGCAACUACAGCCAGGUCAGACCGCAACGGUUAUCUCUGGUAUGAACGCAUCCAACCUGGCUCUACUAAGGCCAGCUCUCGCCUCGCAAGCAUCAACCAACCGACCGAUUGUCCUCGCCACCGCGCUCAACCCCAUAAAUCCUCAACAAUCAGUGUUGCAACAGCAGCAACAGCGUGCAGGCAAUCCACUGGGUUUCACCAUCCGCGGUGGCCUUACAAUGGCUGCUGGACAGCCUACUAUACUAGCUCCUUCUGUGGCCGGCAUCAACGGUAUGACGACAGCAAAUCUCGCAGGUACUCAUUACCUUUUCCCUAGCAUAGAUCGAUAAAAAGGUUUUUUUAGUUACUAAGGCCAUAAUUAGGUCCACCUGAUAUAUUUGCUCGUGGCAUGCCGCAAGUACCUCUUGUCGCGGUCGUUUUUCUUCUCAGGAUGGACAAAUAAUCGUAGUAUUUCAGGUUUGGAAUUUAGAAGCUCCAAGUCAGGCAAGACUUUGCUAGUGGUUUUACCGGUUCAUUUAUGACCAAAUGUCACGUGAACCCCGCUCGGGUUGCUCUCCAACGUCCAAAAUAGACGAAUAGAUCUGAUCGUUGAAGAAAAAUCGACGAAUUGGAGCAAAUACCUGAAAUUUCCUGGGGUUAAUGCGAAAAAUGAUUCGAACGUGGGAUGCUUUGCGGCAGUUUCUUUUGCGACUGCUUUUGAAUGACCAGAGGAGUAACCGCCUCAGUGUCUGCCAGGAAUAAGAAAAGCCGACAAGCUAAUCUUGAUUUUUUUGUCUAAAGUCAUCACAGGGGAUGAAUCUUGAUGUCACAACUAUGAUAUUGAAACAAAACAGCAGUCCAUUUAGUGGGAAACAGCUUCGUCGGUCUAGCCAAAAAGCACGACAGGUGAAAUCAAAUUUGAAGUCUAUGAUGGCUUGUUUUUCCGACAUCAAAGAGGUCGACCACGUUGGAUUUGCCUCUGAUAUCGCUAAAGGGAGCCAAAAAUAUACGUGCAAAUGCUGAAGCGAUUGUGCGGGGCAGUGAUGAAAAGCAGCUUAAAUUGUGGCGAUCGAGAGGCUGAGAUGUUGUAUCAUUACAAGGCGUUUGCCCACACAGCGUUAUAAAUCAAGCAGUUUUUUGGGAAAAACGGCAUGUCAACGGUUUCUCCUCCGCUCUUCUCGCUCGAACUAACUCUCAGAGGUUUCUUAUUCCCGAAAACAAAGAAACGACUGAGGGGAAGGCGUUUGUGAAACUUAGAAAAGGUUAAGAAAACGUUGGUGUAGGUGCUUGACGAAAUUAGUUCGGAAAAAUAUAACGAAUGUUUCGAACAAUGGAAAACCAAUUGAGGCAAGUGCAUUUCACCUAAUUACCAGCAUUUUAAUGGAGAUUAAUCUUCUUAAAAUGUUAUCUUACUUAAAGAGGUUUUAGUUAACGAAGUGAAUGGACCGAACUACUGAUUUUUCGGGUGACCCUUACUGUCUAUUGCGUAAGUAAACAGGCGUCCCAACCUUGGCUAGUAACGAAAACAGUAGUGAUAACCGAUCACUGCACACAAUACAGGUUUCUGCUGACAUCGGUCUUCUUUUCAGUACAAUGUUUGCCAAUGUCAUUUAACACUUUUUAUGGUACUAUUUAUCCUGUAACCGAUAAAGUAACGAUUCAUACCCUAAGCACUACGGCUGUGAACGCUGGUGAGGCUAUAGCUCUUACGCUAACGGUUUUCAGCACACCUGAGACGCGUAUCUCUGGUCAUGAAAUCUGUGCCCCUAAAACGGGCCGCGUAUAAAGUCAUGGUCGCGUUUUUGGUGGACCAGGGGGUGUGGUGGUACGCCUAGGUGCGGAUUCACGCCGCGCCAGCCACCUCUGUCUUCGUCUCCGAUUUUAUUGACUGUGUUAACACUGGAUCCAGGUGGGGUGAAGGGCGGCAGAUGCUGCGCAGGUGUGCUAUCACUAUAGACUGUGCGCAAGUCACCGUCCCUGCUCUUACGCUGUCGUGGAGCACUUGGUGGACAUUGUCGGUUCAUCGAGUCAAGGGUCUUGCGUGUAUGAAUGUGCAAAUGGAGUUGUCUCACUACCUGUUGGCUGACAGGGAGAGGGAUGAGCUCGCAAGUCCAUCUCUUGGUAAACCGAUGCAUUCUUCACUAUACUUAAUCUGGCGUUCUUUUGUCUAUUACGGCGCGCCAAGAAUAGUGGUUUGCAAAGUUGCCAACAGAAAGGAUAACUUACUCUUCAGAAACGCAGGUCGGGUUGAGAUGACUCCUUCUUACCGCGGUCUGUAUGACACUCACGCAUGCGAGAUCCGAACCGUCCUCCAAGUAGCCGGCGCCUAGAACGUGUGUGGGCCGCGUAGAGGGGCUGCCUAGCCUUCUUCGUCGGUACGCCCGAGCCCACCGCCCGUCAUCCUAUUAUUUUCGUGCCAUCGAAACCUGGCGAGCGAAGGUGAAGAGAGUGCGGUAGACGCUGCACAAGUCCGCCCCGCCAUAAACUAAUUCGCGCGCAAGUCAUCGGUUCUGCGUCCACUUCGUGGGACGCACGGUGGACGUUAUCGCUUGCAACCAUCGAACGGACAUCUAUCCCCAAAUAAACAUACUGCACAAACACUUUGAGCCAAGUCUAAAAGGACGCAUCCAUAUCUGUAGAACACAUUAGGCCACUGAUGUUUGCUUGCAGAUAAUUGUGCCACCGUUUUGACCGGUAAUUAAAAUUUUCCUCUAAUAGUUUUCGUUUGGAAUCCGACCGUUUACAAAUAGACAAGUGGAUACACCGUCUAAGUUCAUGAAGUAGCUUUGUAGAUCGCAAUACCGAGGGUUCCUAUAUUUCUCCUUGCGUAAUUAUUGCAUGAAUCACUUAGGCACUUUGUUGGAAUCAUCUUGGUCUUUGUUUAAGCAAUCGAAACGAGCAGUUUGAUCAUCGCAAGCGACCUGACUUAUCUUUUUUCUGAGGCGGGUACUUAUGAUGAAUCUGACUUGUGCGGCAUCUGCCACACUCUUCAACCCAAAACUGAAUCAAAAAUUAAAGUACAGCGGGGGGGGGGAUGUACUGAACAGAUCGACCUCAGCGGGGGGGGGGUCGCAUUCAGAUUGUCGGAUGUUCUGCAGAAUUUGACCGGAAGUGAGCCACAUGCAUUGUCACACAAGGGGCACAAAAGUAAUCUAAUUAAUUGCAAGGUGUAGAGUCAGAGGAGCUCCCACUGCAUGGUAGACAAAUUACGAGAUCUCAGAGUAAGUACGAUAUCCUUUAACAAAGUUUGUUCCAAGCACUUUAACUGUCACCCUUCAUAGGCAUUGGGCGGCGUUGUCAUAUUACUCACCACUCAUUUAUAGCGAAGGUGCAUUUAGGCUUGAAUUACCAUCCCCGAUCGGUGUGGAUGUACGAGGGUUUGCCGAAUAUGCAGAAGAGCUGACAUAAACAUUUGAUGACAUAGGUUGAAUAGCGUUGCCAACAAUGACAAGGGAGACUGGAAUGGCCAUUUCUGACUUACUAGCCGUCACCAGCCAGUCAUGUCCAACACCGAAGUGUGGAACACCUGGGGCUCGAUCCCGCGACCGGUUAGUUAGAAGCCCAACGCCUCUAACCACUGAGCCACGGGAUCUUUGUCCUGUCGGUUACGAUCUGGAAUAUACAGUGGUAAAGAAGGACGCUCGCCGAUCGCUUUACGGAAUUAACGCGUCCCGUUGUGUCUUAGAGCCCCUCUUCGAGUCCAAUCAGCGACACAUGAUAUAGGCAGAAUAAUGUUACCGGCAAGGACAAGUGAGACUGGAAUGACCAUUUCUAACUUAUAAGCCCAUAAGGCACAACGGGACAAUUGAGUUCCAUAUAACGAUCAAUGAGCGCUUCCUCUUUGCCAUUUAAUAACAUUUUCGCCAAUUCGAUCAAGACGGACAAAUGCAAACGAGAUGUAAUAAGUUUCGUAAGUAAUCGUCUGCAUAUAUGACUAGGAGGGCGCAUUUGAAGUCGAUUAAUAAUCGCUCGAGUAGAUGGUAAUCUUGAUGAGCUUGGUGCGUGUCAUGCUAACAUAAGCCCCUGGCUGAAUUCUAUCUUAUCUACUACUUUUCUUUUUCUCGUCUUAUUCCCAGUACGUCAAUUGUAAGAUGAAUAAACCCCUGUUACAGGGUAUUGUCGUUCUGACUGCUUCCAUAUUUGUUCGUCCUUACCAUCUCGUGUGCUUGCUACGGCCCUAGCUCCAAGAGUGUGUACUUGGUAGAAGAAGCGAAGUUUAAUUUUGCCGCAGGCUCGAGUGACGUUUCGAAUCUCGUCCAUCGAAAAGGGUAGCUGUUGGCUCGAAGUGUGACAAAGUUAAGAGACACUAGGAUGACAGGAUGACUCAUGUAGUUCUUUCAGAUCGACACUACUUGGCAAGGCCUCGCAACAACUACGAGAAGGCGGACCCGCUGCCCUGUUUUCUUUACCAGGUCGGUAAACGAUGUGGAAUUUGAAUAGCAACAGCACCAAUCUGAAAUGUCCGUUCGCGUAGUUCACAACUUUUCCGUCUCCUUGAUUGCCAUAGAUAAAGGCGAGAGGACGUUGCUUUCUUAUGAGUUCAGAGGGACUACAGGGGACUCCAGUACGGCGCGCGCUCCCUCUUUUGCAGCAGGGUGGUGUCGCUCGCUUGGAAACAGCUUACACGAAAUAACGCCACAGGUCGACUAUUCGGGUUUAGAGUUGCGAAAACUCCUAUGGAAGGAUCCAGAAGACCAGUUGGCGAGCGCAUGUGUGUUGUCGAUAAAUUGUCGUUGGGCCAGUACAUUCAUAUGGGAACGGGAUACAAAUCAAACGUAUGAGGGAUGGAAAUAAUCGAUUACAGUUCGUCCUUUCAUACGAGUCGGAUGUUGGAACUGGGGGGAGGGGGCCUAUAGGGCGAGGAAUGGGAGACAAUGAGUUGGGGGGGGGGGCUGCAGGGUUAGGGGAACGGAGGGGGCGGAGGAGUGCAGGCAAUCAACCGACCUAUGACCCCGUUGGGCGUGGAGCUUGUACCAGGCUUUUCUGUCCGCACAAGACCGGCUUUCGCAACCUGAUGGCAGUCGCUUUUACUGUUGAUAGUGGAAGCUGAUCUAGUGGCUUAGGGUAGCUCAGUGAGGCCUUAUAAAUCAUACGAACGACUGCUGUGGCGUCCACACGAUUAUCGGAAUCAACAGUGAGUGAAAAUGGCAUUGCUUUUUUCCGGCUAUAUCAGAAGUGUUCCCUUUUUUCUUUUGAUAGGCGCCUACUUAUGCUACCAAUAUAACCUUGUCGCACAGGAGGAAGUAAAGGAGUAAAUGCACCGUCCAUUAACAGGUGCAAUGAUCUUCCCCUUCCAUACUCGAUGCUGAAUUCGCCUAGGCGUAGCAAUAAGCCACGCGGGGAGCGCACAGGCUAACACAUCAGGGUCAGUGGGUCAAAUGGUCGUGCAGUCAUCUUACCGACGUCCAAAACACGUGAUUAAAUCACAACGAUUAAGAAGGCGAAUGUCGGCCAUCGAGCAGUUAUCACACCAAAUGCAACAAUCUCUGAUGAUGGGGUUGGAGGGUGGAAGCGUGGAUUUUAAUAGGUAUACUGCAGUAUGAAAGCUGCAUCCUAUAAAUACUGCUAUUGUCUCCGAUCAUGGGUUCAAAUAGGGAUCCGAAACGUCAGGCGAAUAAAGCUCAUGUUCCAACGACCAUGCCUCCUUCUUCACGACUCCGUAGUAGGCUGGCUGAAUGCGCCCCUCCGUGUCCCCUUGCCCCUCCCCCCUGUUUCCACGCCGCACUUCCACGAAAAGACGAACUGCAAUCGAUUCCUCUUAUCGCUUAUACGUUUUAUUUGUACCCCGUUCCCAUAUGAAUGUCCUGACCCGAUUCCAAUUUAUCGAAACCACAUCUAUGCUCGCCAACUGGCGUUCUGGUUCUGUGUGGUGGCAACUGCGACGCCUUAAGCAUCGGCUUCGGAAACCAGUGUAGUGCCGUCCUGUACGGCAGCGAUUGUGGCUUUCGCAGAUUUCUUUUUGAGAGCUUUAAAUGCUUCCAUUAGUUCUCAUGAUAGACGGGAAGUUCUACUGUGAACAAGGGGUUAAAUUUCGCCGCCGCAUUUUCUUUGGGGUUUUGAUUCUUUGCAAUGAGCUGCUACGAAUGCACAAAACAUAAAUGUUGAGUCGCCAUUUGAUCUGGUCAGCAGGCGAAAUCGGAUCUUAUGGUUGGGGGAGGUCGAGUGUGCACUGCCAUGUAUCUCAAUCAUGUUCAUCUUCCCGGCAAAAUAGGUUAACCGUACAAUCAGUCUGUGCUGAGCGUGAACCAAACGGCGAAGUCGUCCCGCCGUUGGCUGAGCUGGUCAUCUAUGCUUUUUAAUGGCGAUAAGGAUGCAGCUGUCAGUAGACAUGGUACUGGCGGCGGCGUCCGAAUUUACCUUCCACGGCAACUCCCCCCGCCCCUAUGCAAUAAAAACUACUGGCCGCUUUUGUUUCAAUGUUUGUUCUCUCCAUGGUCGACUUGUUCACAUGUCGCUCGCCAACCAAGUCGAGACAAUGAUAAGGGCACUUACUUUACUCUUUCACUGCGCGAAAACGUGUGCGUUGGACAAAGCUAAUAAUUCCAGCCUCUCAACUUUCAAAAAGACAGGGGUGGUGACAGUAAACAAGGCCGUUCAUUCAUCCAUAAUUUUGGCGGCGUCGCGUUCAGCUAAUGAUAGAUUAGGAAUGUUUCGCACAGGUUUUGACAGCGCCUUUGUGAGCCUCAACAAAGGCGGACAAUGCGCCUUCAAAGUGCUGCCGAAAUCAUCGAAGUUUGCCAUGUUAUUCGGUUGAAGGUAUCCGAAGAUUUGUUUAAAAUGCCUUGUCCACAGCAAUGUUUCCACUCGACCGACGUUAGUUGGUUUUGUUCGUCUUUCUCACCCCUGAAUCUAUUGGAUUGGUUAUGCUUUUUUGGAACGGAUAGUUUGUCAGCGUGAUGGUUACGCGCAUUGUCCUUGUUUUUUUGUAACAACAAUGCUUGCAGGCAUUGGUGUAUUAAAAUCUAGUUUUAUACCCUCUCAUUUAGGCCAAAAUGUCCAGCUGGUCCAGAUUGGUCAGCAGACUUAUGUUGUCCAACAGCCCCUGAUCCAACCCCGCCCGUCUGUCACUACGAUCAACGCCCAACAACCGGACCAUAAUACAGCCUUUAAUCGAGUGAGCUCUCUAUUUUUUUUCUUCAUCGUGUUUUAUCUCAAAUUCUGCGCUUAACUUGUUCACGUCGCCUGCAUUGCAUCAUUUUGUUUUCUCUUGAAACUCCUAAGAUAUUUCUCUCAGCUGUGUAAUCAGAUGUCUGUUAGAGCUCGCAGCCUUUCAGGUCGCGUGAAAGUCUGUUUCAGGACCUCUGGCACUUGAGUAUGAAUUCCGUCAGUGCUCUGAGAGCACAGGAAAACAGUGUCUGUCGACCUGGCCAUUAUCUGGGUGAAGAGUAUAGUAGCUAAAGCUGUCACACCCAUGAAAAUUAGGGCUGCAUGCCCUGUUUCUUACAAGCCAGGUAUAUUAAGAAGGGUAAGACUUCUUUUCAUGCCAGAAAACAGUCUCGCUGUUUUAGCACAUAAACCGCGUUCGCGCCCUAAGACAGAGAGACAGACUUUCCACAUUGUCAGCAUGUCUGUGGACUGUUGACCAGACACCGAUCUGGCAGGCCGACUCGACGACCAAAGUCAUGUUGAAUAGUCGGUCACAAGGCAUGAAGCGGUAAUACUGUCAGGGAUGGCUCUUAACCUCUCUCAUCACCCUGAAUUUAUGGUGUCUACCGGCUUUCGUUUGGAUCUUAGCUUUUAGGGUUUGUCUGGAGGUGUAGGACGAUGCUACUGAUGUUGUACUCCCCUAUGUGUAUUCAUUUAAGUGUAGACUCGACACGUAUCCAGCUUCCCAAUUAUCAACAGUUCGACCGUCGUCUCCGACGAUGUCCACUGUGUGCCCCGAAGCGAGUCGAGAGCAGACACGGUAACUUGCGCUUGAGUUAGUUUAUAGUAGACUUGCGCCGCAUCUACCGCAUCCUCUCAUCCUCGCCCCACCUGGUCCCGGUGUCAAGACAGAGUCAAGAAGACCGGAGUCGAGGGGGGGGGACGCAGGUGACUGGCGCGGUUGAGCCUGCGCCUUGGCGCUCCACUUCACACCCCCUGGUCCAAACGGCAAGUGACCAAGCUUUUGACCAACAAUAACAACAACGGGGAGGGGAGUGGCAUGGGUCCCAGUGUGUGCGACGUACGCCGGCAACCGAGUGUGCUACCGCACCCUGAAAUGUUAACAUUUGUCAUGGUACGAAAUACGACAAAGCCUACCAGAAUUCGAUAUGGCCUCCGUGUUGGCCCGGCACAUCUCUCACGUGGCCCGUUUAGGGGACAGUUACCAGCCCCACAUUCACUCACAUGACACACUCCCACAGUUUAUAUAUGCAUAUACUACUUACAAUGAAUGAGUAACCGUUAAUGUUUACCUUUUCGCCUGGCCGGCUGGCAGCUGCCUCCCUUUCGCAUUCAAUUAUGCACGAAAUCUCCUUUUCAACUUCCCAUUUAUCGGUGCUUUUCUCAGGUGAUCUGUAACCAAUAGGAAGUGCAGGCACACUCGUGUAUAGUUCCCUGAAUAAAACUGGACCGAACGACGUUUGCAUCGUCAGUGAGGCAGGUUGGAGGAGGGUGUACAGGAAUCCAUUGUUGAAGCUUAUUUAGACGUCGAGCAGGUGAUACAGGUCCAGGAGUGAGGUUGUGGUAGACGGUGAAUCGAUGUAAACGAUAGUCGUCAUGGGAACUCGCCGACUCUAGUUUCGCAUUUGUCACCUCGCGGGAGUGGGCUGCUUGUUGGGUCGAGUUUUUUAAACUGAGGUCGUGCAACCCCUGAGCUUGAAAUGCUGCCUAUGUUCUCAUCGGCAACCCCUUUCGAUGUAGUGCCCGCAUUUUCGUUGCCCUUACUGUCAGCUUUAUUUUCAUUGCUGCUAAAGAGGUGAGGGGAUGUUUCGAAAAAACCAAAAGUUGGCCAUAAAUGCGACACAUAGUUGAAGGAUUGGGCUCCUGCUUUCGGUCAGUCUUGAAUGUCCUAGCUGCAUUUUUGACUACAGAUUGCAGUACUUGCUGAUCCUAUGCUAGUCCUUCGGAUAUCCGGCUGGCUUCACAGUGUCUUUGUUACUUUCCUUCCUAUCGAUGGGGGACCUGUACCAGUGUCGCCGCAGUACAGUUGCUUCUUGUCUUUGAUUUGGGUUAGCGUGACAUUGACAACGUCUGAGGUAAUUGGUUCAACUUUCAGUCAGACUGACCACUGAUAUCCGUCCUGGCAGUUUGUUCUCUAGAGCUUUGACUCGCAGCUACCCAACUACUGGCCGAAAGAGACAGGAGAGCCUGUUUACUGGCCCCUCUCGGUUUCCAUGUGACAUCGUUAUGGUAUUACCCCGCCUCUCGGUAGCUCGGCUGAUGCGUCUUAAGAGUAGAUGGUCAGGCCUCACUUGUCCAUGCUUUUUCGCUGUAAAAAGUAGUUAAAGCGGCGAGAACAUCAGCCCCUCUCCUAUUUUGCAUGUCAUUGCUGAUUUAGACUUCUCCAUUUCCUGCAGUAAAUCCUGAACAAUGGACUUGCCUGUCACCAUAAUCACCAUCUGCUCGGCAUGUUCUCAGGCACCGAACAGGGCAGCGAAGGCUACCUGCGCAAUAAACAGACCACCUUAUUUUGAUGAAUGAGCAGUUAUGGAUCGCAAAGCGUGACAAGGGGCCGAUCUGCCAAAUCGGCUACCUAUUAAGAAGACCAUAGUGCACGGCGGAUGCUAAACGUCACCGUAUAGGGUCUGACCAGUCGUCCUGCAGGGUUCUGACUGGUGCGUCAUAUGAUUAAGUAUGGACGUGUGUCCUCGACCACCGCAACUAGGGAGACCCGUUCGUCUGACAAAUCACGGCUCAAUCGGGGUUUUAGUCGACGAGAGAGCUAUGGUUCGCGCGCUCUGAUUGGAAUUAAUGAGAGCCAUUGACGUUCCAAAUGGAUGUUUCCUGCCCGGCAACAGCUACAAGCAGCAGAAUCGAUCAUAGGAACAAGAAGUUUCGGACCCCCUUCUAUCCACCAUCAGCUGCACAAAUGGAUACUCCUUGCUAAACGAGUAUCAACCGGCUACUUAUAGCUAACACACGACGGCAGAAUGAUCACCUUUGGUUUCAGCCGAUUGACGCACGACUCUCGAACGUAGUUGAACCGAUUGACAUCUCAGUGUCGCAGAUUGAAGUAUGCCCGAUCAGAGCCGCGUUCAAGGCAAUCUCGAAACCGUUAGUAAGCGAGACCGCUCCCAGACAAAAUAAAUUUUCAGAAAAUUUCGUCUCUUAUACCGUGUAGCUCAUUUGGCUGAAGGAUCGUAAACGGUAAGUGAAAGAGAACGUGCUGGGCAAAAUGUGUUCCCGACUGACGACAUAAUCAUUGGUUGCCGGGAUACUGAUGUGUGGGUGCUAUUGAUCAAAUACUUCGAUGCGGUGAAUAUCUACUGCAUCCGCGAGUUAAGUAUAGAGUUGGAAACGUUUGUCUCGAUGGGGAAAGGGGCACAUCAGGAAAACGACGCCUACCAAUCAGACCGUCUUCGGACUGGUGUGUUCAGGGAUAACGCAUAGUAAAACAUCACUGAAUGAAGACUAGCCGUGUGGCAAGCGCCUACAUCGGUAUUAGUUGUAUCCCUGAUGUUGAUGCACUCUAAAACACCACAGCGUCCGAUGACUGUACUGUGUACCGCAGUUCUGUUGAUUUAGCAUGCGAAGUUGAGGUUUCGGGAAUCCACCUUUAAUGAGGACUCGAUUUCUGAGUUGGUCUCUGCAUCGUCCGCCUAUACUUCAACGUCCUGCCUGCUAACACAAUCCCCACGUCCUCCCUUCCUUCCACCCUCCAUCACUGGAGUUGACGAUGCAGAGGACACACAAUAAUUGGGCUUGGUAUCUCUUAAGUUGUUUUAAGCCCUUAACAAGGAAUUUCGACACUCACUUAAUGACCCGUUUUCGUCAGAUGCGAAAAUUCGAUAGCUAACGUUCUAAUUUCGCCACAGUCCGCCUUCUAGUAGGGGAAAGAGGGCUAUGUUACCAAAAUACCUUUGUGUCGCUAUGAACCGAGCCUGUCCGUUUGUUGCUGUUUAUGCUACCAAGUAAUCUGAUCCGGACACGGCAGAUUUUAUAUCGAGACGCCUUCCGGAAUUGUUAAGUUAAACACUAGAAAGGUAAGCAAUAUGCGAGGAAGCGCGAAAGCCCCAGCAUCGUGAAGGUAGGGGAAUAUUUAGAGGUAAGGAUCUAGUUAUGCGUAGUUCUGGGGAUGUUAACGCGUGAAGUGUUUAUGACAUUUUACUGCACGUUUUUACUCCGCCUUUUUCCUAGACGCAAGUUGACGGCGUUGGUGACGGCAGUGACGACGAUUUUGACGCUCUCAGCGAGCCCCCCUCAAUUCGGCAGCCAAUGAGUAUCAGCAGUCGCCGAGGUGGCGGUGGUGGUGGCGGGGCCGGUGGCACUAGCUCCGUUGCAAUGACUCCCGGCACCGGACCCCACCAUGGUCUCAUGUCAGACGAGGACGACGAUGACGAUGACGACGACGAUGAUGAUCUAGUCCCAGCUACUCCCGGCCUCACACCGCCGGCCUCUGCCCUCUCCGCCACCGGUCUCACCCCUCGUCCGCGUGGCUCCCGUUCUUCGCACCAUCCCACCUUCAUGAGUACCGCGUCCGCCACUCCCUACACCCCAUCAAAUCUAGCGCCACCAGAUACACCCUCUUUCGACCAACCAUCAGCUGCAACCAAACGCGUCCGACCCUCGCCCAAGGUGGAGCCUUCCGCGAAGCGGGCAAACACGGCCGCUGGUAGUGCCAAUCGGCGCUAUCAGUCCGCCUAUACGGCUGAUGAUUCGGACGACUAUGACGAUGACUACGACGACGAGGAUGAAGAUGGGGGCGUAAUGACUCCGGCCAGACACCUGUGAGUGACUCCUCUCGGACCCUUUUCCAACCAACAUGCCCAAUGUUAUUAGAGUUGCAAUCAGAAUUGUCAUGACGCCCAGUGAUUGAAGAAUAUCAUUUCCGUGAAGGUAUAUCGGAAUCGCCUUCAGAACGCAAGACUUUCGAAGACAAACAUAAACUUCUCAAUCGUUGGGCUCGCGAGCACCAGACACGAUAAUGUGCUGAAGUUAAUUAAGCAACCCUCUGUCCGCUUCCCUCAUUCUUUUAGAUGAAAUCCGCAACCUAACUUGCACUACGAGACUUGAAGUGUAGUUGUCCCCGCCUCGGCCGCUCAUGCGAUGAUAGUGGGAGUUCAUAAAGCGAAAACAGAUUGAUGGUUGCUGGAAAUGCCAGAUUGUAUACGUUCGGGUCGAUUUUUUUUGCUAAAGGAAAGUAGACUUGUAAAAUUUCUUCAAAAAAUAAUAUUCAGCACUUAGAGAAGCGGGGUCCCCUCCUCAGAUCGUGACUACGAUUAGUCCGCUGGAUCAUGCUUAAAUUCCCGCUGGUUUAUAUAAUUUACUGCGGAGGACAAAAGGGGCGAAAAAUCCUUUUUAUUUGGAGAUUAUUUUUUCCCUAAUGUCUUUGGUGUGAUUACCGCCUUUGACUUCCCUUUUAAGGCCUUAUUUAGACGUAUUUCGAAUGUGGGGGCCUUUGUUGAGCGACUGUAAUUGUAAAGGAAAUCGCAACCUAUGUCGGUCGCUUACGUAUUCGUGCUCGAGACUGGCGUGAAUUUCCUGCGUACGAGGCCCAGAAUUUUGAUUUCCGGUACUUUUUUUAUUAGGAACUUACGUUUUCUUCGACGGAAAUAGAUUUUUUUAUCCGAAAAGCACUCUGUGAUAGGUGACCUAACUCGUGAAACGUUUGUCAAAAUUCCGAUAUGUGGAUCUGGUUAGAAAAGAUUACUUGAGUGCGGAUGUACUGUUAUACAAUAUAAUCCCAAGAUAUUUCAUUCGCACCAGGAUACUGAACUUUGAAUUCAUGUCCUUCAUCUUUACUUAAGUAGUAUGAAUGUUCUCCGUUGAUUUUUGAUACCCCUAUAAAUCGAAACAUGUUUCACGCAAGGUACGCACAAAAUGUCCUUUCUUGUACUCAUUUUGCAGAAAAUAAUGUGGUCUUCGAAUUUGGUACUUGAAGACGAAAGUUUUCAAUUUAAAACUCUUCAUAAUAAAUGGACCUUUUACGACUGAAAUGUCAGCUUAUAAAGUAUACAACAUGGUCCUGUAUACGUCCUUAAUGUCAUAGAAUGAAUAAUAUUCAGUAAAUAAAAUGUUUACAGCUAGUAAAUUUAAAACCCUAGAUGGAAGUCCAAAGGCAUGUCGGUUUAAAAAUUAUUCGAAAAUUAGAAAACAUUUUUAAAAAUACAGGAUGCCAUUUCUUUGAGUACAAAAUAUGGAGAAAAAGUGAAUAUACACAAAAAUGCAUGCUGUUUUUAGGAAUAUGUUAGAAUGUAUAGCAGCAUCAAAGAUCAAAGGAAAAUUGCAUAAUCUUAUGUGGUCAUAUCAUAGAGAGUACAUACUUUGAAGUGAAUGCCAUUUUGGGGGCACAUUUAAAGCAUUAGGCCAACAUCCCGUUAUUUUCGGCGGCAGCCGUGCAUAUCUCCCUUGUCAUUCCAGAGUGUUCGUUCUUUCAUGACAAACGCCUUGUGACUUUCGUUAAUUUGCAAAAAUAUGCACGGUCUACAUCCCAGCUCUCUCACAUUUAAUUGCUAUGCUUGCGACACAGUUUUGUUUCCACCCCCAAGGAGAGUGCUUAACUUUCUGUCCUCUCUGGGUAGGGAUGAUGGCGAUCCCGGUCGUCGUGGUAGCGGAAAGGAUCGUCCGGCUGUCCGGGCCAAACGUGAGGACGGGUCCGGCCGAGGCUCGGACGAUGCCGCCGCAAGUGCUGACCCUGCUGGUGGUCAGACUGGCAGUCAUAUGAGCCACCUGUCGGAGACCGAGGAUCCUAAUUACUGUCCACCCACGCGCGGUGACGAUCAGGCUGAUGUCGACGAUGGGGAUGGGGAGGAUGAAGAAGAGGAGGAGGAAGAGGAAGAAGAGCCGCUUAAUUCGGGCGAUGAUGUCAGUGAAGAGGAACCAGAUGUUCUUUUUCAGUCAGAAAACGUUGUGGUCUGUCAGUAUGACAAGGUUAGCACAACUCUUCUCCCUUGUCGGUGA